AUGAUUGGAAAUUUACGUAACUAUAUUUUUGUCAUACUGUUUUUUGUUCAUACAUUUAAUUUAACGGUUUCUUUAGAAAAUAAUCUGCAAAAUAAUUAUUUUAAUAGAACAAUAAAUAUUUUGAACAAUGGAAAAAAUAUAGCUAAGAGAUAUGGUCAUAGAGAAUUGAAGCCUAUACAUAUUUUGAGUGCAUUAACCAAAAGUGAUUAUGGAACAAAUUUAUUUAGAGAAAACAAUAUUAAUGCAAGUAUCCUGAAAGAGUAUAUAGAUACUGCUUUAGAACAAACUAGAGCUGGAGCGCCUCUAGAUAACAAAUCAAAAAUAGUAAAUUCAGACGACGUAAAUGAAUUGUUAGCAUUAGCUGAAAAUGUGGCUAAUAAAUAUGGAGGACAAAAAGUAGAUGUAGAACAUUUAUUGAGUGGUUUAGCUAAUGAUGAACUAGUUAAUGAAAUAUUUAGUGAGGUGAAUUUAUCGGAAGAAUCAAUUAAAAAUAUUUUAAGAAACAAAUAUGAAUUGUCUAAAAAAGAUAAAGAAAGAAAAGGUGAGAAGCUUUACAUUGAACAAUUUGGUACUAAUUUAAAUGAAAAGGUAAGAAAUGGAAAACUCCAUUCUAUAUAUGGAAGAGAUGAAGAAAUAAGAGCUGUAAUUGAAUCCUUAUUAAGAUACAAUAAAAAUAGUCCAGUUUUAGUUGGACAUCCAGGUACAGGUAAAACAACUAUUGUUGAAGGUCUUGCUUAUAGGAUUGAAAAAAAUGAUGUACCUAAAGAGUUACAGGGUUAUACUAUUAUAAGUUUGAACUUUCGAAAAUUUACAUCUGGAACCUCUUACAGAGGAGAAUUUGAAUCAAGAAUGAAAAACAUUAUCAAGGAAUUGAAAAAUAAAAAAAAUAAAGUAAUAUUAUUUGUUGAUGAAAUACAUUUACUCAUAGGAGCAGGAAAAGCCGAUGGAGGUGCAGAUGCAGCUAAUUUGUUAAAGCCAGUACUAUCAAAAGGAGAAAUUAAAUUAAUAGGUGCAACUACAAUUACCGAAUAUAGAAAAUUUAUUGAAAGCUGUUCAGCUUUUGAAAGGAGAUUUGAGAAGGUUUUAGUUCAACCUCCAUCAGUGGAAACUACCAUUAAAAUUUUAAGAUCUUUAAAAAGUAAGUAUGAAGAUUUUUAUGGAGUACGUAUAACAAAUAAAGCCAUUGUUGCAGCUGUUAAAGUAUCAGACAGAUUUAUUAAAGAUCGAUAUUUACCUGAUAAGGCUAUUGACUUAUUAAAUAAGGCAUGCUCUUAUUUGCAAGUCCAAUUAUCAGGAAAACCAAGAAUAAUUGAUAUUACAGAGAGAGAAAUUGAAAGAUUAUCUUAUGAAAUAAGUACUUUAGAAAUGGAUAUUGAUAAGUUAUCUAGAAAAAAGUAUAAUAGUCUAAUUAAAGAAUUUGAAGAGAAAAAAGAAGAAUUACAAAAAUAUUAUGAAGAAUAUGUAAUAACAGGAGAAAGAUUAAAAAAAAAAAAGGAAGCAGAAAAAAAACUAAGUGAACUCAAGGAAUUGAUACAAAAUUACUUAUAUUACAAUAAAGAGCCUCCAUUAGAAUUGAAAAAGAGUAUAGAAGAGGCACAAAAUGAAUAUAUAGAAAUAUAUAAAGAAACAUUGGCCUAUGUUGAAGAUAAAGCUCACAAUGCAAUGAAUGUAGACUCAGUAUACCAAGAGCAUGUAUCUUAUAUUUAUUUAAGAGACUCUGGUAUGCCACUUGGAUCUUUGUGCUUUCAAUCAUCAAAAGGUGUUUUAAAAUUAUAUAACAGCUUAUCAAAAUCAAUUGUUGGAAAUGAAGAUGUAAUUAAGUCAUUAAGUGAUGCAGUUGUAAAAGCUGCAACUGGAAUGAAAGAUCCAGAAAAGCCAAUAGGAACUUUCUUAUUUUUGGGUCCUACAGGUGUAGGUAAAACAGAGCUUGCUAAGACACUAGCAGUUGAAUUAUUUGAUUCUCGUGAUAAUUUGAUUCGUGUAAACAUGUCAGAAUUUACAGAAGCACAUUCAGUUUCUAAAAUUACUGGUAGUCCACCCGGAUACGUAGGAUUUAGUGAUUCUGGUCAGUUGACUGAAGCUGUUAGAGAAAAACCUCACUCUGUUAUUCUUUUUGAUGAAUUAGAAAAAGCUCAUUCAGAUGUUUUUAAAGUUCUUUUACAAAUAUUAGGAGAUGGUUAUAUUAAUGAUAACCACAGAAGAAAUAUUGACUUUUCAAAUACCAUUAUUAUAAUGACUUCCAAUUUAGGUGCUGAAUUGUUCAAAAAAAAAUUAUUUAUGGAUGCUGAUAGAUCAGAUACUCCAGAAUAUAAAAAGGUAUUUGAUGAUGUUAGAACAUCACUCAUUAAAAAAUGUAAGAAAUUUUUUAAACCAGAAUUUAUUAAUAGAAUUGAUAAAAUUAGUGUAUUUGAGCCUUUAAGUAAGAAAAAUUUACGUAAAAUAGUUAGAUUAAGAUUUGAAAAAUUAGAAAAACGACUAGAGCAAAAAAAUAUCCAUAUAUCUGUAUCCGAAAGAGCAGUUGAUUAUAUAAUAGAUCAAUCUUAUGACCCAGAAUUAGGAGCUAGGCCAACUUUAAUAUUUAUUGAAAGUGUAAUUAUGACAAAAUUGGCUGUUAUGUAUGUUAAAAAGGAAUUAGUAGACGACAUGAAUAUAUAUGUUGAUUAUAGUGAUGAAUCUGAUAAUUUGGUUAUAAAUCUUUCUAUGGAUUAA